CCAGGGCUGGGCAAGCUGCUGGAAGAGCGGCUGCCGCCCAAGGUCAUCGAGAUCGACGGCGCGGGGCCCCGUGUGGCGGAGAUGGAGGACCGCGCCGACGAGGGGAUGGGGCCGCGCAACAAGCGCGUGAUCGCCGCGAUCGAGGAGGCCUCCUUCACGGGCAAGGGCGACAAGCCGGUGGUCGUCCAGCUGUACCGUUCCUACGCUCGCAAGGUGAACAACGCGAUGGUUGCCUCGGGCGAGAAGGUGAAGGGGGAGUACGAGGGCGAGCGCAACGCGGCGGGUGAGCGGGAGGGGCGCGGCGUCUUCCGGUUCGCCAACGGCAACGUCUACGACGGCGAGUGGAAGGCGGGUAAGAAGGAGGGGCGCGGCGUCUUCCGGUUCUCCAACGGCAACGUCUACGACGGCGAGUGGAAGGCGGGUGAGGAGGAGGGGCGCGGCGUUCACCGCUGGGCCAACGGCGACGUGGAGACGUGCUUCCGGAAGCAGCGUGCACGCGUCGACGAGGGCGUCAGCUGGAUGGCGGACGGGCGGCGGGCGGUGCGGCUGCGGGACGGGGAGGAGGAGGAGGAAAUCUCGCUGGAGGAGGCGCGGCGGACCGCCGAGCGGCUCGGGCUCCCGAUCCCCUCCCCGCUGCCCGGCGCGUCCGAGCUGGUGUUCGGCGUGGAGGGGACGGCGGAGUGGCUGUCGGCGCUGACAGUGCGAUGCACGGGGUUCACCGGCACAGGGACCCCCACCUUGGACGUCGUCGACGACGACGACGGGUCCUUGUACGCCCGCGUGCAGCAGCACACCCCCGGGCACGUGCUGCCCCCGGGGCCCGGGGCGCCGUUCCUCGUCCAGGACAUCAGGGGCGACGUGGCGGUGGUGCGGGGGCGGUGGACCGGCAGCGAGAACUUCACCUUCACGGUGGAGGACCUGCGCCCGGGUCAGAACAACACGUACUCCGGCUCCUGGGUCGGCGGGCAGGACAGCAAGCUGCACCUGCACGACACGUGGGGAAUCGCGGUGGACCUCAAGAAAGGCGAGGUGUCGUUUUCGUUCAAGAACAAGAAGCACGCCGGCGUGCACCCCGCCAGCCCCGUGGCAGUGCACCUUGCGGUUGCGCUGGCGAUGGUUGCGGCGCGCUCGGCCACUCAGCCGGAUGGCAAGACGGCUGCGCUGAUCCCGUGCAGGGAGGGGGGUUGGAUUCUGGGAAUACUGGGAAACCGCGAGGCCAGGGAUAGGAGGGAGCGGGAAGAGGCUGCGAUGCGGCAGAAGUUGAAGCUCCUGCAGUACUCUAAGGCGGCGGCCAACCUCCUCAAGCACAUGUCCGAGGUCGAGCGCCCGAUGGUGAGGGAGGCCGUGAAGGAGAUCUUCGCCUGGGUGGGCGUGGUGUCGGACAUCGCCACCAAGGAGGACUUCGAGGGAAAGCUCACCGAGAUCACCGAGAAGAUCGGCACCGUGGUCGCCGC